CUUCUUCGCUCCCUUCCACAACAACACAAUAAUUGCACGUCCACCGCUCAGAAUGGACAUGCCAACAGCUCCUAGAGGCGGCAAGCGCCCGAGUCAUGGCGGCGGCAGCAACCGUGGUCACAAGUUCUCUCGCGGGGGUCGAGGCAGGGCUAGGGGUGGUGGCGCCAACGGCAAUGGCAUGCACACGGGCGUUCCUCGCCCUCGUCCUACGGAGACGCCAGAGGACAGCGAGGCUUCGCGUCCAGAGACGCCUUCUGCUGGCGGCUCUUCGCACCUCAGCACUACCCGAUUCGACAGCCUCAAAGGCUCCAUCGAUGAUCGUCUCCUUCGGGCCAUCCCUUUCGAGCACAUGAGCGUAGUGCAGGCGGCCACCAUCUCAGACGCACUCCAAGGCUACGAUGUCCUCGCUCAGGCAAAGACGGGAACUGGCAAAACCGUUGCCUUCCUUCUCCCAGUCAUCUCGCGCCUCCUCCAGACUAAGCGCACCUCGGGCCGCAUCUACACGCUCAUCCUCUCGCCCACUCGCGAGCUGGCCAUGCAGAUCGAGAAAGAGGCAAAAAUGCUCCUCGCCCAUAUCCCAGACAUCGGCGUUCAAUUCACUGUUGGAGGGACUAACAUGAGUGCAGAGGCCAAGAGGCUCUUUGGACAGCGCUGCGAUAUCCUCGUCGCCACCCCUGGCCGUCUUCUCGACCACAUCAACAACUCGAACCUUGGGGACAAGCUCUCGGACCUUAAGAUCUUGGUCCUCGACGAGGCCGACCGCAUGCUUGAUAUGGGCUUCCGCAACGAACUCGAGAAGAUCAAGAGCAGGCUGCCUGACCGCAGGCAGAAGCCUCGCCAAUCGCUCCUUUUCUCUGCGACCUAUCCCAAGACUGUCAUGGAGGUCGCCGACGUCAUGCCCAACCACAAGUUCAUCAACACCAUCCCUCCUGAGGAGCAGAACACGCACGAGCACGUCCCUCAAGAGUAUGACGUCGUCGAGCAGCAAGACGUCCUGCCCAGCCUCCUGACGCACAUCCUCCUCGAGCAGCAGCAGAUGCCUGGACAGGCCAAAAUCAUGGCCUUCCUUCCCACAGCUCGCGCUACGCAGCUUGCAUUUGAGGCCAUCACCAAGGUCGACGAGAUCCUCAAGAAGCGCACUCAAGUGUGGGAGAUCCACAGCCGCAAGUCGCAAUCCGCCCGCGCAAAGGCGAGCGAGCAGUUCAGGCAGGCAAGCGACGGAAUUCUCUUCUCAUCGGAUGUAGCCGCUAGAGGUGUAGACUUUCCCAAUGUCAGCCUCGUCAUUCAGGCAGGUCUGCCCAUGAACAGCGAUCAGUACAUUCAUCGCCUGGGCCGUACGGCUCGAGCCGGCGCCGCCGGGCGUGGUGUCUUGCUCCUCUCGACUUUUGAGCAGGUCUUCCUCUCUCAGCCGGCGAUCAAGGCUCUUCGCCUCGCACCCCUCGACGCCGCCAAGCGUGCACGCGUUCAAGCCCUGCAACCGUCGAGCCAGCAGAGCAUCAAUUACGCUCUCACCAAGGUGUCUGACGAGACCAAGGCGCAGACCUAUCAAGCCGCCCUUGGCUACUACAACUCCAGUCUCCGCCUCUUGCGAUGGGACAAGCCAACUCUCGUGGCCACAAUGAACGACUAUGCGUUCAAUGGGCUCGGCUGGAAGGGGCCGGGUACUCCUCCUCUCCUCGCGCAGACUGUGGGCAAGAUGAGCCUCAAGGGCGUCCCUGGGAUCAAUGUUGUUAGGCAGCUGCCCGGAAAGGAGGGUGGUGCCCCUUCUCGUGGUGGUGGAGGUGGCGGCCGCGGUGGCGGUCGUGGGGGCCGUGGAGGUGGACGAGGUGGGAUGUAGACGCGUCUGCGAUUGCAGAAUAACUAGACAAGGGCACUCGCUACACCUACACUUCAUAGACGUUCUUUCUUUCUUGAUAGUGUCGUGCUAUUUCAGAAAUACCCUCAUUUCAGACCACUUCUACUG